AUGGACAACCUUCUCAGAGAAGGUGAACAGUUCCUCGAGAACCAAGCAAACGGCCAAGGAAAUGAUCAAGGCCAGCAGAGCAACCAGCAAGGCCAACAAGGCCAACAGGACCAGCAAGGAGGAAGCAUGAUGAAGAACUUCGAGCAGAACGCCGGCGACGCCUACAUCAAUCAAGAGGUCAACAAGUUCCUGAACAACGAAGGCGUGCCAGCCGCUCUAGACGGCGCCAUUGAUGGAGUCAUUGACACUGAAGUCAACAAUCUCGAGAAAAGGUUUCAGAAUUGA